AUGAAUGGCCUCGCAUCCUCUCCAAUGGGCACCAUGUAUGUGCGUGCACUGUACGACUACGAUGCCGACGAUCGCACCAGUCUGAGCUUCCGACAAGGCGACAUCAUCCAGGUCAUCACCCAGCUCGAGAGUGGCUGGUGGGACGGCAUUAUUCGCGGCGUGCGAGGAUGGUUUCCCAGCAACUACUGCGAGCUCAUCGCACAACCCCAAGACGUCGCCCCUCUGCCUGCCCAUCUGUCAGACCCCCAUGCGCACUCGCACACCCAUCUGGACGACACGGCCUCCGAGUCUUCUUACCGUCAUGUCGACUCCGCACCAGACACCCAGGAAGAAGCUGCCUUCUGGAUCCCGCAGGCCACACCCGACGGCCGGCUCUUUUACUUUAACACCUUGACUGGUGUCAGCACAAUGGAACUGCCUCUGGAGAACCCCACCAUGCAGUCCGAACCAGGUCCCCACGACAAGUACCACGUGCUUCAACCCGACCAAUCUCGUCCUCCGCCCGAGAUGCUUGCACGUGGCUACGAACGUGCCGAGUCCGAGGCCGACUACGAGUCUGCGAGCGAGGCUGACAUGACCCGCUCGAGAACUUCUUUGCGCAAUCGAGGCUCGUAUGUCUCGAACGCCCUCUCUCCCGCAACUUCGUCCGAAUCGCUCAGGACUUCCUCUCCUCUGACUAGAUCACGCACCAAUGUCGCCGACAUGUCCAACUCCGCCUAUCUCAAUCAAGCCAACAUGCCCAACAUGCCCAACGGUAUCGGCAUGACAUCCUUCAUCAACAGUCCCAUGACACCCGCACAAAAGGACGGUCUAGCCAUUUCGCGUCGCUGUUUCGACGACUCUCAGACCGUUCUGCUUACUUGGAAUACUCUGGUUGAGGACAUGCGCCGAGCCGUCCAGCGUUACCGCGAAUCGAUCGACAACAGCUACAAGGGAGAGUUUGUCAAAAGAGCCGAGGACAUAUCAGAUCACCUUCGUCUGUUGCUCGCCGCCGGCUCUGGUACCACUGACAACCAUUCCGGCAAUCCUUCAAUCAUCUCGACCAACAAAGCUUUGUACCCACAUUUCAGAGAGAUGAUGUCUAGCUUCUCCAAACUGGUUCUGUCCUCUCAUUUCGCUGCAGCAGAUUUUACAACUCCGGAUUCAUACUCCAAGUGCUUGCAGGAGGCAGAAGGCUUGCUUCAUGGUGUCUAUGGGUAUGUUGAGGUUGCGCGCCAGCAACGGGGCGAAGAGAUCCCACGUCUUACUCCUGGCUUUGUAUCAGGCAUCCGAUCAGGUGCGAGCUGGCAGAACAACGGGUUGGUCCUGGGCGACCCUUCCGCUGCAUCACAGCCCUUCCUACAGCAAGACACAGAUACCCUUAUCGAGCCUUCUGCGCGUCUCGACCAGACCCUGCUGGAACGCAUGGAUGAUAUGAGAAAGAACGUCUCCAUCAGUAUCCGCCGCCUGGACAAGCAUCUCGCGUUCGAUGACAAAUUGGUUACACCCAAGAAACACAAAAAGGCCAGCCAGUUGAUCUCCCAGGACGCCACUAGAGUCAUUGAAGCCUGCCGUCCAUACUUUGCAGUAGUUGAAAGCAUCAAUCUGGCACCGCUUGGGUCUACCUUCAAGAACCCUCAGAUUAUCGAUUUCAGUACACAGAAGCAGAAGUUCUACGACAAUGCUUCAGAGUUGGUCCUUGCCUGCCAGACUGUUGCUAGUCCUCUGAGUGACGAGUGGUCUGAUCAUCGCGGCAGUUCGCUCGAAGAACGCAUCACUCAUGUCAAAAUCGUUUCGCGCGAGCUCGACAACUCUUCCAGUCAAUUGCAGUUCUCUCUCCAACUAUUGGCGGAAAUGAUGCCACAGGAUUCCGCUGCAAUGCCGAACGAAGACCAUCACAACGCCAACAACUCAUAUCCCGAGGAGCCACGAGGUGUAUCGACCUUGAGAGGCAAGCCUAAUGGUCUGGGUCCAGCAAAGAGCUUCGUCGACGGCCCCGAGCCGACUGUCGAAACUCCACGUCUUGCUGACAAUUCAAAACUGAAGCGCUUCUUUGGUGAGAUGCCUGCACCGAUACAACAGGAAGAUGUCCCCGAUUUCUUAAAGCUAGAUCACGAAGGCGAGAUCGCUUACGACAACAAGGUUCACCCAGCUCAACUGCGUGGUGGAACACUCACAGGUCUGGUCGAGCAGCUCACACGACACGACCGAUUGGACUCGCCAUUCAACAAUACGUUCCUGCUGACCUACCGUUCCUUCACAUCUGCAAGUGAAUUGUUCGAGAUGCUGGUCAAGAGAUGGAAUGUGCAGCCCCCAUACGGCUUGAAUCCCCAUGAUCUCGAGACUUGGGUCAACAAGAAGCAAAAACCUAUCCGGUUCCGUGUGGUCAACAUCCUCAAGAGUUGGUUUGACAACUACUGGAUGGAAGAGAAUAGCGAAGUGAAUCAGCAGCUCAUGCAGAGAGUGUACUCGUUUGCGAAAGAGACCGUUGCUUCGGGUAGCACUCCUGGCGCUGGUCCCUUGAUGACUGCCAUCGAGCAGCGAAUGCGUGGACAGGAUGCUCCUGGAAAGCGAUUGGUCUUGACGCUGAACUCAGAGAAGACUCCUACACCAAUCAUACCGAAGAACAUCAAGAAGCUGAAAUUCCUUGACAUUGAUGCCUUGGAGUUCGCCAGACAACUCACUAUCAUUGAGUCAAGAUUGUACUGCAAGAUCAAGCCCACUGAAUGUCUUAACAAGACAUGGCAAAAGAAGCUCCAGCCUAAUGAGCCUGACCCGGCUGCUAAUGUCAAGGCUCUGAUUCUGCAUUCCAACCAGCUCACUAACUGGGUUGCUCAAAUGAUCCUCACACAAGCCGACGUUAAGAGGCGUGUCAUCGUCAUCAAACAUUUUGUGGCAGUUGCAGAUAAAUGUCGACAACUAAACAACUUCUCCACUCUUACAUCGAUCAUAUCGGCGUUGGGCACAGCACCCAUUCAUCGUCUAGGUCGAACCUGGGCUCAGGUCAAUCAAAAGACUCAAGCAGUAUUGGAGGUCAUGCGCAAGUUGAUGGGCAGUACCAAGAACUUUUCGGACUACAGAGAGACUUUGCACAAGGCAAACCCUCCUUGUAUCCCAUUCUUUGGUGUCUAUCUGACUGAUUUGACUUUCAUCGAGGAUGGUAUCCCUUCAGUCAUCAAGAAGACCAACCUCAUCAAUUUCGCCAAGCGUAGUAAGACCGCGGAGGUUAUUCGCGACAUUCAACAGUACCAGAACGUUCCCUACCCACUGCAGCCUGUUCCGGAGCUUCAGGACUACAUUCUCACAAAUAUGCAAACGGCGGGCGACGUGCAUGAGAUGUACGACCGCAGUUUGGCAGUCGAGCCCAGAGAAAGGGAAGACGAGAAGAUUGCCCGGUUGCUUUCCGAGUCGGGAUUCUUGUGA